AUGCGAGUGGCGACGGCAGCUAUGUCGCUGUUGAUCACUAUGGGUGAGAAGGGGCCCAUCACAGUGAGUCGGUUGAUCAAGGAUAUAGCUGACCAAUUGCUAAAGCCGGCAGAAACGAUAAUUAUGUCAGUGGGCCAUAUUCAGAAGAAGGACACGUUGUUGUUGGACACCACUAUUCAGGGGCUGUGCCUGACAAACCUGCUGCCCGAUGCGUCACGGAAGCCAUCGGAAUACCAGAUAUCUUACUGGCGGCGGUUCUUUGCGUCCGCUUCGGGAGUGGUUCGAGACAGUUCGGUUAACACCGCCAUUGCGCAUUCGCCCGUAGCGUCGUCCUUGGCGCGAUCGGAACCUGGGUCGGAACCUGGUUCUGAGCCGGGGUUCGAACCGGGGUCUGGGUUUAGAAGGCGGGGGACAGCGCCGACGAUGGGAGAGUAUAUGAGUACGAUUCCAAGUCUUAAGUUUUACUUCAAGGCGCCGGCCUCCGUUGCGGCAGACUCGAGGCUCUCCUUAGCUGGUUGGGCGACACAGCCGUGGCUGUCAUUUUGGGACGACGACGACAUGAUCCACCCGGAGCGCACACAGACGCUGGCGCGGUAUAUCGAGGCGUACCCGGAGUACGACGUUUGGUACCAUGCGUACAAAUGGGGUAAAGUCAACAACGCCACCGGGGCUGAGGACAUCGACCAUUGGAGGGCCACCACGACAGGGCGCGGAGAACUGGUACCCCUCAAGACCUGGGAAGACAUCCAGAGCGAGGCGCCCGAGAGCGUGACCGGACACUGCCCUGGCGUGAAGAAAAGACGAACUUCCGCCCACCAGGCAGAGUUCUACAAAAGGCAGCGCUACAGCUCCUAUCUCAGCGUCUACUACACCGCACACGAUCCCAACGUCAGUGCUUGCUGGAUAACUAUCAAGAAAGAUUUCCUCAACAAACACCCAUUCCGAGAUGCCUUUGAUGAGGGUACAUACCACUUCUGGACAGCGCUUUCGGAACACUGCAUGAAAGCCGGCAUGCUAGAAGAAGUACUUGGCAGAUACAUAAAACCAAGAGUGUGGGAAUACUAG